UUUCUUUUAUGCUAUCUUGGAUUUAAAGGGGUUAAUAUAUUUUAAGCAAAAACCUCAUUAAUCUAUCCUUUCUGGGUUUUCAAACCUGUUCUUGAGUUUUGGUAAGAAUCAGGUUACUUUUUUUUUCAUUUUUUUAAAGAUAUGGCAGCUACAAUGGAUUUCUAUAGUCGUAGCUACAAUGGUGGAGAGUUGAUGGAAGCACUUGAGCCUUUUAUGAAAAGUGCUUCUUCCUCCUCUUCUUCCCAAACGCAACCCAGUUUUUACUCAGAUGGUUAUUAUUUCCCAGCUCUUGAUCAACAGGCUCAGCUUGGUUGUACAAUUGGGCUAAACAAUUUAACGCAAGUAGAGUCCCAAUUCAACUUCCAAAAUGACCUACCGAGCUACCUUUACCAGAAUGCUCAACCCAUCAACAACCACCACAUGCUGAGCUUUCUUAGCCCCCAACCAGUCCCAAUGAAACACAUGGGUUCACCACCAAAACCCACCAAGCUUUACAGAGGAGUUAGGCAACGUCACUGGGGAAAAUGGGUCGCUGAGAUCCGGCUACCUAAGAACCGGACCCGUCUCUGGUUAGGCACUUUCGAUACAGCCGAGGAAGCAGCCUUGGCUUACGACAAAGCAGCCUAUAAACUUAGGGGUGACUUAGCGAGACUCAACUUCCCCAACCUUCGCCACCAUGGUUCCCAUAUCGGAGGCGAGUUCGGUGAGUACAAGCCUUUACAUUCCUCCGUUGAUGCCAAGCUUCAAGCCAUUUGUGAAAGCUUGGAACUGAACCAAAAGCAAGGGAACAACAGCAAGAAGAAAUCAUCGAAGGAGAUCAACGAAGUCCAAUUGGCAAAGGCUGAGCCUGAGGAGAAGACUGUGAAAGAUGAGAGCUCCCCCGAAUCUUUGUCCCCGGUUCGGUCGGAAAAUGAGGGGUCGACGGAAUCUUCACCUUUCUCCGAUCUUACUUUCUCGGACUUCAGCGAGCAGCCGUGGCCGGAAGUUGUUACUUCUUCGGAGUCUUUUAUGUUGUCGAAAUUUCCAUCUUAUGAGAUCGAUUGGGAUUUUAUUUUGAAAUCUUAGUUUGGUGUUUCUUUGUGUUUGUAAAAGCUCGCUGGAAUGGAGUUUUUGGCAGUUGCAGUGGCUGGUUAUCUAGGUUUAGGAGUCUGUUCAUGGGUAUCGUGUAAGAAUUUAAGUUUCUCCAUGGUUGUCUGCAUGUUUUUUCUUGCAGGAUCAAAGGGAGAAAUUUGCUAGAGUCCACAGGAGUUCAUAGCUUUUGUACUCGAAUAUUUUAAUGUUAUUUCAUUGUCUUUUAUUC